GCAAAGGUCCUCUUCUCCAUCACUUUAGAAAACCAUCGAAACACUCUUCAAACAGCACCAUGGCACCUCUUACAACUACCUUGACCAGUCUGCUGGGUGUACAGCAUCCGAUCAUGCUAGCAGGAAUGGACCAGGUUGCAGGACCCAAGCUAGCCGCUGCAGUUACUGCCGCUGGCGGCUUUGGAACAGUCGGAGGAGCUCGGUACACGCCAAAGAUGUUGAGAGAAAUGCUCGCCGAGCUCAAGCAAGAAUUGAAAGACAGAGGUUGCGAGCAAGCACCUUUUGGCGUGGAUUUGCUGCUACCGCAGGUUGGUGGCAGUGCUCGUAAAACUAAUGGCCUGUCCACGUACGACUACACCCAUGGUACACUGGGAGAGCUCAUCGAUAUCGUGAUAGAAAGCGGAGCUACCCUGUUUGUCUCAGCAGUGGGUGUUCCUCAGCCUUGGGUGAUUGAAAAGCUGCACAAGGCAAACAUCCUGGUCAUGAACAUGGUGGGCCACCCGAAGCAUGUGCAUAAAGCUUGUGCAGCUGGCGUAGACAUUAUCUGUGCACAAGGCGGCGAGGCUGGAGGCCACACCGGGGACAUCCCAACAAUGGUUCUCAUUCCGGCCUGCGCAGAUAUCUGCAUGAAAUACACCUCUCCGUUGACAAAGAAGCCCGUCACCCUGGUGGCGGCAGGUGGAAUCAACGAUGGGAGAAGCGUUGCGGCAGCUCUCAUGCUUGGUGCGAGUGGAGUCUGGGUAGGCACUCGUUUCAUUCCCAGUGUCGAGUCGAAAGCGCCCGAGAACUACAAGAAGCAAGUGAUCGCUGCAGGGUAUGACGACUGGGUGAAGCUGACAGUAUGGUCUGGGCGGCCUCUGCGAUCCUUGAGGAAUCCCUACCUUACCAACUGGGAAGUGAAUCGGCAAGCGGAGAUCAAAGACCUCACUUCGAGAGGUAUUGUGCCACUUGUGCAUGAGCUGGACAAGCUGCAUGAAUCUGGCAAAUUGACGGAUGAGAUCGAGGAUGCUGCUGCAUUGAGACCAAUCGGAAUUGUGGCAGGCUCUGUCAAUAAAGCUGGACAGACGGCUGCAGAAAUUGUGAAAGAAAUGGUGGAAGAGACCAAAAACUCCCUGGAUCAGGCCAAAUGGAUAACGCAGGGUCCGACUUCAUCCAAACUCUAG